GCCCUCCUCCCUACUUCUCUUAUCGCGCCUUUCAGACAUAAAACCGGGAUGAGCACAUGUACUAAACAAACCUCUCUAGCUCUGCUAAGCACGCGUUUAGCUCUGCAGUCUGAGUCACUGCAGUUUCCUGGUAAGCCUGCUGCGGUUUGGAUAUCUGUCCGUAGCUGUUUUCAUUGGCGCUUUCCGACUAAAGCAGUGUUGGGCAUACAGGUGGAGACAACUGAAGGAUGUCAGACAACGAAGAUACGAUCGAAAUGGGGAUAAACGGAGCUUCUAAAGGGUCCGGUUCAAGACAACAGUUGCACGGCGCAACAGUCAGUUUCCACAAUAUUCACUACAAGGUGAAACAGGGAGGUGGAUGUUUUUGCCGAAAGAAGGCCACGACCAAAGACAUCCUCAUCGACCUCAAUGGGAUCAUGAAGCCAGGUCUCAACGCCAUUAUGGGAGCGACAGGAAGCGGGAAGUCAUCGUUUCUUGAUGUUCUGGCAGCUAGAAAGGACCCUGCAGGUCUGUCAGGAGAGGUCCUGAUUGACGGAGCCCCUCAGCCCCCAAACUUUAAGUGUCUGUCUGGCUAUGUGGUUCAGGAUGACGUGGUGAUGGGGACUCUGACGGUCAGAGAAAACUUCACCUUCUCUGCAGCCCUGCGUCUCCCAUCAAGCAUCAGCCAUAGGGAGAAAAAGCAGAAAGUUGACAGACUGAUCAAGGAGCUUGGACUGGGCCGAGUGGCCGACUCCAAGGUGGGCACUCAGCUGAUUCGUGGGAUUUCUGGUGGCGAGAGGAAGAGGACAAACAUUGGGAUGGAGCUGAUUAUUGACCCGCCUGUCCUCUUCCUGGAUGAACCCACCACAGGCCUCGACGCCAGCACGGCCAACUCUGUGCUGCUGCUGCUCAAGAGGAUGGCAAACAAUGGUCGCACCAUAAUCCUCUCCAUCCACCAGCCUCGAUACACCAUCUACCGCCUCUUCGACAGCCUCACCCUGCUAGUCAACGGUCAUCAGGUUUAUCACGGCCCAGCACGGAGUGCACUGGAGUACUUCUCUGGCAUUGGAUACAUCUGUGAGCCCCACAACAACCCUGCUGACUUCUUCCUGGAUGUCAUCAACGGAGACUCGACCGCCGUCGUCCUCAACAGUGGGAAAACAGAAGAUCCAGAUCAAGAGCUGGAUUCAGAAUCGAUGUCAAAGUCCCGAAGAGGGAUUGGGGAGAAACUGGUGGAGGAGUACAGAAACUGUCAACACUUCAAAGAGACCAAAGCAGAGCUGGAGAGGAUCGUCCAGGGAAAGAAGGUGGUCACUACUACUCCCUUCAGAACCAUCACCUACACCACCGGCUUCUUCACGCAGUUCAGAUGGGUUCUCAAGAGGACAUUUCGCAACCUCAUACUCAACCCGCAGACCUCCAUCGCCCAGGUAGCAGUGACAAUCCUCCUCGCUCUGGUUGUCGGAGCCCUUUUCUUCAAUGUCCAGAAUGAUUCGAGUGGGAUUCAGAACAGGACUGGUGCGCUGUUCUUCAUCGUCGUGAAUCAGUGUUUCGGCUCCCUGUCGGCUGCUGAACUCUUCAUCGCAGAAAGGAAAAUCUUCAUUCAUGAGUAUAUCAGCGGUUACUACAGGGUAUCGGUCUACUUCCUGUGUAAGAUCCUGUCUGACAUCAUCACGCUGAGGACCAUCCCCGCUAUCGUCUUCACCUGUGUGGCAUACUUCAUGGUUGGUCUGAAGCCGACAGCUGGGGCUGUCUUCUUCUACAUGCUCACCGUCGCUCUGUGUGCCUACACCGCCACCUCCAUGGCUUUCGCCAUCUCUGCUGACCAGACAGUGGUGGCCAUCGCUAACAUCUUUAUGACGAUCUCCUGCGUCUUCAUGAUGAUCUUUGCAGGACUGCUAGUGAACAUCCCCUCCAUCGCCAGCUGGCUCGCGUGGUUAAAGUACUUAAGUAUACCCAGAUAUGGCCUCAGUGCUCUGCAGGCUAAUGAGUUCACCGGGCUGACAUUCUGUGAGAAAAUGAAUACCACUCUCGACCAACAAUACUGUUACUCUGGGGAGAAGGUUCUGGAGGAGCAGGGCGUCGAAUACUCCCUCUGGGGAAUGUGGCAGAACCACUUGGCCUUGUUUAUCAUGACGAUCUGCUUCCUCAUCAUAACUUACCUGAAACUGCGCUUCAUCAAGAAGUUCACCUAAACACCGCUGACUCCUGACUGUUGGUCGUGGAUGUUUUAGUGUUAUUUGUUCUUCUCAAGUUCAGGUCUAGUUUUCACGUCAUUUAUUCAGGUUAUUCAGUUUAUAA